AUGAAUAGUUAUGUUUUAUAUUUCCAAUCAGUGAUCAAGAACAGCAUGGCGUCAGAUCAGGAGUCGUGUUCAGAUGAGGAACCUGACAGUGAGAUGCUGAGUGACGAUCUGUGUCUACCUGACAGUGAAGAUGAGAGGCAACCAAGGAAUGUACAGAGUCUCCCUGAAGAUCUUCCUCAACUGAGCGUUCUUCGGCCUCCUCGUAAGCUGUUCACCAAUUGUCGUGAGCGUUGGAGACAGCAAAACGUGAGUGGCGCCUUCGCUGAACUUAGGAGAUUGGUCCCUACACAUCCACCAGACAAGAAACUGUCCAAGAAUGAAAUACUACGAAUGGCUAUCAGGUACAUCGGUCUUCUUUGCGAGGUUCUCGAAUGGCAAAAGAACCACGGUCUAGUGACGAACAAAGAGAACUCUGGUCUGGCGAUAAAAUGCGAGUCGCCAUUAAGCCCAGCUGCCAGACGUCUGCGACUUAAAAGACAUUACGACGAUGAUUCCAGAAGACACUACGAGCCUGAAUACACGAGGUACGGAAACGAGGAAAACGAAGAAAUAAGAAGAAACAUACAAAGAAGUGCCCCAAAAGCAGAAUUCUUCUUCGGAAAGGACCACUUGAAAGUGUUACGUAAUCAGUAUUAUUUCCCAAGAUGGCGUCAAAUGCCUUUCAGAAAUUUGGGGGAGAGGAAUGGAAAUAAUCUGCUGAUGAUAGCACCAGCUAAAGAUGAAAAAGAUUCCAAAGAUAAAGUUAAUGGAAAAGAGAAGUAG